UCUAUUUCUCCCUAAAUUAGUAUUUCCCUUCCCAAUAACCCAAUCAAACCCAAGAGAAGAGUAAAAUUGAAGUCUCCUCAACUUCCUUCUUUUAAGAAAUAUAAUACCCCAAUCCCCCUCUCCUUUUUCCUCAUCCAUCAUUUCUCUCUUCUUCCUCUGGUUUCCGUUUUAAUAAUGUCUUCCCCUUCCCUCUUCCACUUUCACUUUCACUCUCACUCUCACUCUCACUCCCAUUCUCAUUGAAACAACAACACGACCCACUUCCUUUCUUUCUAAUAAAAAAUUUCUAUGGAUUUCGAUCUCGAAAACCCAUUAACUCAUCUUCAUCAACUUCACUCUGACGACGCUUCUCUCUUUCUCACUGAGUCCGAUCACAUGCUCUCACCCUCUUACCUUCAUACUCUUCUCACUUCUCCUUCUGAUUUCGCCGUCCGGCGAGACACCAUUUAUUUCAUCUCUCAGUGCUGUUCUAACUCUAACAUCGAUCCACACUUGUCUUAUCUCGCUGUCAAUUAUCUUGAUCGUUUCUUCUCCUUUCAGGGAAUGCCGCAACCAAAGCCAUGGGUCUUGCGACUUCUUGCGGUUUCUUGUGUAUCGCUUGCUGCCAAAAUGAAGCAAAUUGAACACAACCUCUCUGAUUUUCAGGGCAGUGAGGGAUUCAUCUUUGAUCCUCAAACAGUACACAGAAUGGAAGUUCUCAUCUUGGGAGCUCUUAAAUGGAGAAUGCGCUCCAUCACUCCUUUCUCUUUCAUCCCUUUCUUCAGUUCCCUCUUCAAACUCAGAGACCCACCAUUGUUGCAAGCUCUCAAAGGCAGAGCUACAGAGAUCAUCUUCAUAGCUCAAAACGGGAUUGAGCUAUUGGAGUUCAAGGCAUCUGUAAUUGCAGCUGCUGCUCUGCUGUCUGCUGCACACGAGCUGUUCCCAAUCCAAUACCCAUGCUUCAGAAAAGCAAUCAUCAACUGUUCAUACGUAAAAAAAGAGGAGGAGGAAGAGGAAAAGUUGGUGAGAUGCUUGAAGGCAGUGGAAGAAAUAGUAAUAAAUGGACACGAAAGAAGAAUGGAUGAAAUGGAAGAGAGGUCAGAGACAGCAGGCAAUGUAUUAGACCACCAUUUUUCGAGCUCAGAAAGUGAAAACACGUCGGCCACGAAGAACAGAGGAGAUAAAGAUGAAGGGAAGAUGAGAAAGGUUGGGUACUGCAACAAUCAGAGGGUUCAGAUGAGAGAGAUCCAGCAAUGUUGAUGAGACGAUCAUGAAGAUGGAAAAUGACAGUUGAGUGGGCAAAAAUUAGAUUUUUUUUUUUCUCUCUUUUUUUUUUUUUUUUGUUGGUUUUGGUAUUUGUAUUUUUAUGAAUUUGUGGGGGUGAAGGUGAAGGAUAAGGAAAGGGGAAGAGGAAGAGGAAGAGGGGAAAAGAGGGAAUUUUUGUUCCUUUUUGUUGGGGAGGGACCAAAGACAAAACUUAACUUUGAGAAGGUGUUGUUGUUGGUAAGAAGGUGGUGGUGGUGGUGGGGAGUUGGAUUUAGGUUUUGGGAGUGUUUGUUAUUUUGGGUUUUAGUGUGUGGUUCUUUUGUCGCUUUGUUUAUGGCAUCAGAAUAACUCAUACUUUAAUAACAAGUUCCAUAGUUUUCCAUUUC